AUGUCCGUGAGUGCUCCAGGGGCCCGGGGCGGGGCCAAGCAGGGAGGGGGCUGGGGGCUCCUCUUUCAAAGGAGCAAGUGGGCAGUGAGUGUGCCAUGGACUGGCCUGGGCUGUGGCCUCCGGUGGCCCCUGCACCCCACUCUUGCAGAACGUCCCCCACAAGUCCUCGCUGCCCGAGGGCAUCCGCCCUGGCACGGUGCUGAGAAUUCGCGGCUUGGUUCCUCCCAAUGCCAGCAGGUUCCAUGUAAACCUGCUGUGCGGGGAGGAGAGGACCUGCUGUGCGGGGAGGAGCAGGGCUCCGGUGUCGCCCUGCAUUUCAACCCCUGGCUGGACACGUCGGAGGUGGUCUUCAACAGCAAGGAGCAAGGCUCCUGGGGUCGCGAGGAGCGCGGGCCGGGCGUUCCUUUCCAGCGCGGGCAGCCCUUCGAGGUGCUCAUCAUCGCGUCAGACGACGGCUUCAAGGCCGUGGUUGGGGACGCCCAGUACCACCACUUCCGCCACCGCCUGCCGCUGGCGCGCGUGCGCCUGGUGGAGGUGGGCGGGGACGUGCAGCUGGACUCCGUGAGGAUCUUCUGAGCAGAAGCCCAGGCGUGCCCGGGGCCUUGGCUGGCAAAUAAAGCGUUAGCCCGCAGCGCGAUUGUGUCUGUGUCCCAUUCACUGAGAUGAGCAAACUGAGACCCAGAGAGGCCAAGAUACUGGCUCUGGGCCACACAGCGAAUCCGAGGCGGAGGCGGGCUCUGAGCCUGCCUGUGCUUAGGACACUUUAUGUCUGCGAAGGCGUGAGGGUCGCGAUCUGGGAAGGAGUGGGUCUGGGGCGUGCCCUGAUACAGCAUUUGUGCAAAGCAAGCCAGGUGGGAA